AUGACACAGCAGGACGCGCCCAAGCCCACCCCGGCCGCCCGCCACUGCUCUGGCCUGGCCCGGCGGGUGCUGACUAUCACCUUCGCGCUGCUCAUCUUGGGCCUCAUGACCUGGGCCUACGCCGCCGGGGUGCCGCUCGCCUCCGAUCGCCACGGCCUCCUGGCCUUCGGUCUCUACGGGGCUUUCCUCUCCGCACACCUGGUGGCGCAGAGCCUCUUCGCGUACCUGGAGCACCGGCGGGUGGCGGCGGCGGCGCGGCGGGCGGCGGCGCGGGGGCCCCCGGACGCGGCGGCGGCGCGCAGCGUGGCGCUGACCAUCUCGGCGUACCAGGAGGACCCGGCGUACCUACGCCAGUGCCUGGCGUCCGCCCGCGCCCUGCAGUACCCGCGCGCGCGGCUGCGCGUCCUCAUGGUGGUGGACGGCAACCGCGCCGAGGACCUCUACAUGGUGGACAUGUUCCGCGAGGUGUUCGCCGACGAGGACCCCGCCACCUACGUGUGGGACGGCAACUACCACCAGCCCUGGGAACCGGCGGCGGCGGGCGCUGCAGGCGCGGGCGCCUACCGGGAGGUGGAGGCCGAGGACCCGGGGCGGCUGGCGGUGGAGGCGCUCGUGAGGACGCACAGGUGCGUGUGCGUGGCGCAGCGCUGGGGCGGCAAGCGCGAGGUCAUGUACACUGCCUUCAAGGCCCUCGGCGACUCUGUGGACUACGUGCAGGUCUGUGACUCGGACACAAGGCUGGACCCCAUGGCACUGCUGGAGCUGGUGCGGGUACUGGAUGAGGACCCCCGGGUAGGAGCUGUUGGGGGGGAUGUGCGGAUCCUUAACCCCCUGGACUCCUGGGUCAGCUUCCUAAGCAGCCUGCGGUACUGGGUGGCCUUCAACGUGGAGCGGGCUUGUCAGAGCUACUUCCAUUGUGUGUCCUGCAUCAGUGGUCCCCUAGGCCUGUACAGGAACAACCUCCUGCAGCAGUUCCUUGAGGCCUGGUACAACCAGAAGUUCCUGGGUACCCACUGCACCUUUGGGGAUGACCGGCACCUCACCAACCGCAUGCUCAGCAUGGGCUAUGCGACCAAGUACACCUCCCGGUCGCGCUGCUACUCCGAGACUCCCUCGUCCUUCCUGCGCUGGCUGAGCCAGCAGACGCGCUGGUCCAAGUCCUACUUCCGCGAGUGGCUGUACAACGCGCUCUGGUGGCACCGCCACCACGCGUGGAUGACCUACGAGGCCGUGGUCUCGGGGCUUUUCCCCUUCUUCGUGGCGGCCACCGUGCUGCGGCUCUUCUACGCGGGCCGCCCGUGGGCGCUGCUGUGGGUGCUGCUGUGCGUGCAGGGCGUGGCGCUGGCCAAGGCGGCCUUCGCGGCCUGGCUGCGCGGCUGUGCGCGCAUGGUGCUGCUCUCGCUCUACGCGCCGCUCUACAUGGGCGGCCUCCUGCCCGCCAAGUUCCUGGCGCUGGCCACCAUGAACCAGAGUGGCUGGGGCACCUCUGGCCGGCGGAAGCUGGCCGCCAACUACGUCCCCCUGCUGCCGCUGGCCGUCUGGGCUCUGCUGCUGCUGGGAGGCCUGGUCCGCAGCGUGGUGCACGAGGCCCGGGCCGACUGGAGCGGCCCUGCCCGCGCCGCCGAGGCCCACCACCUGGCCGCCGGCGCUGGCGCCUACGUGGGGUACUGGGUGGUCAUGCUGACGCUCUACUGGGUGGGCGUGCGGAGGCUCUGCCGGCGGCGGUCGGGCGGCUACCGGGUCCAGGUGUGA